UCCCUUUCGGAGAUUUAAUCUGCGCCGAGGCACUGUGAGCGCACACAAGAGCGCGCCGAGAUACAGAGAGACGACGCUCUGCUGUUGACGGUCGAGACGGGCGCUGGAAAGGAGCGCGCGCGACAGCUCUGAUUUUUCUCAUCCGAUUUUCUCACCGAUCUUUCGUCGAAGCACCAUUCGGUGGUCCCUUCGCAAGGGAAUUUUAGGCUUUGCUGGACGAUCGAGUGCGCGGUUUGCGCCGGUAGGACUCAGUGCGCUGAUGGUACACGGAAAUAGUGAUGUUCGCGAGUUGUGAUUGAUCGUUUGAACGUUUCGAUACUUUCGGCUCUCGUGGGAGCGCCAGUGGGUUGCAUCGGAGAGAGACACACAGGCGACGGGAAAUUUUCGCAAGGCCAUUGAAACCCACGGCGACCAUGAAGUCCCCCAUCGAGAUCCAGCAGUACCGAAGGUGCAUCCUGUUGUUUCUGAUCGGUAUCACCUGCAGCAUCGUCGCUCUUCUCAUUCACGUAGUCGAUCCCGUAAAAAUGAUUGUGCAACAUAAGUUGAAAAUGUCGCCAACGUCGUUGACAUUUUCCAUUUGGCAAAAGCCACCGAUCGCAGUUUACGUCUACGUCUAUAUAUUCAACGUGACCAACACCGAUGCGUUCCUCAGUGGCGAGGAAAAACUCAAGAUCGAAGAAAUCGGUCCCUUUGUUUACCAAGAAAUACUGGAGAACCAGAACGUAACGUGGCACGACAACGGCACGCUCACCUACAUACCAAAACGAUCGGUUGAGUUCAAGCCAGAGAUGUCGAUCGGCAUUCCGGAAGAGAUCUACGUGUCGGUUCCCAAUAUCGUGAUGCUCGGUGUCUCGUCAGCCCUGCACGACGCCGGUUUCUUGGUCAACUAUCCGUUCAUCCAGUUGUCGAAUUUCUUGGACGCCAUGCCAAUAUUGAACAUAACAGUGCAGGACUAUCUGUGGGGCUACGACGACCCGAUGGUCUAUCUCGCCGGGAGCGUCGUGCCGAAAUACAUCACCUUCCGAAAAUUUGGACUCCUCGAUCGGAUGUACGACGAAGGUACGAACGUGAUAAACAUGAACGUCAAGGGCAACGAGGACAUGCUCGAGGAGAGAGGCCGCUACCUGAGCAUCGAGUCGUACAAUGGCAACCCUGGGCUCUCGAUCUGGGGCUACGUCAAGGAAGAGGGCAACCAGACCCGGCCCGAAAACACGAAAUGCAAUCGGAUCCAGGGGGCAACCGAGGGCACGGUAUUUCCGACGAUGAUGGACAGAAGGGCGGUGUUCAGGGUGUUCAGGAAAGCUUUUUGCAGACCAAUGCCCAUAGCGUUCGUCAAGGAGGUGAACCUGGACGGACUGCCAGGGUACCAGUACGGCAUUCCCGACAACUUUGCCGAUCCACCGGAACAAAAUCCGGACAACGAGUGCUUCUGCCGGGACAGGACUUGCCUCAAGCGGGGACUGCUCGACUUGACCCCUUGCUAUUACAACAUUCCAGCAGCUGCGUCUCUGCCGCACUUCCUCAAUGCCGAUCCAUCGGUAUCCGACGGCAUAGAGGGUCUCAAUCCCGAUCCCGAGAAGCACGAGACCGUCAUUAUUUUGCAGCCGAACCUCGGCAUCCCGAUGUACGUGCACUCGAGGCUACAGACGAACCUUAUGAUGAAGGAGACGUACUACAACUCCAAGAUCAAGCCGUUCAACAACCUGACGGUGCCGCUCUUCUGGACCGAUCUCGUGAUCCCCGAGAUUCCCCCAAACUUGAUGUUCCUGCUGAGACUGGCGAUAACGAUCGCACCGGUUGGCCAGACGAUUUUCGCGAUCGUUUUCGGUGUCUUUGGUCUCGGGGUGAUCUGUUGGUCGCUAGCCCGAGCCUUUUUGGUCCUGCACCAGCAGCAACAGGAGGAAGCCGCGGCCGGCGAUUACUUUGAGAGGCGCGACAGCACGACCGAGCUGAGGAUACCAUUGGGCUACGGGCCUUACACGUCCAUACGCAUUUUGCCCGCCAUCAAAAAAAUUACCUCCAAAACCGAUCUUUUCAUGUGA